AUGGCAGCAUUAGCUCAGCCCCCGAUCACAGCCCACCCAGGGCAUGGCAUCCCUACGUACAACCAGGUCCCGGAGACCUCUUUUGAUUUGGACUGGGCGGACCUCGCCACUUUGGAUCUGUCUCAGUUUGACAGACCUGGUGGUAAGGAGAAGUUGGCCAAGCAACUUUUCGAAGCCGUUCAGAAUGUAGGCUUUUUUUAUAUCGUCAACUUUGGCCUCGCACAGGAAGAGGUUGACUGCCAAUUCUCCAUUGGAAAACAGAUCUUCGACCUCCCAAUCGAAGAGAAACUCAAGUACCGUGCCGAGCUUGAGAAAGGUGGUUACAAUGGUUACAAGCCAAUGGGUCUCAGAGAAAUCAGCUCAGGUGUCUUUGACAAAACCGAAAUUUACAACAUCCCGAAAUUCAUUUCCGCGUUUGAGCGUCCCCAGCCGGACAUUGUGAAUGGCAAUCGUCCUAUUAUAGAGAGGUUUGCUCGUCAUAUUCAUGACGAAAUAGUGUGCAAGCUUCUUACACUUUUCGCUAUUAUCCUCGAGCUUCCCGAAGACUACUUCCUCAAAGUACAUCGCUAUGACGAGAGGAGCGACUGCCACCUGCGAUACAUGAAGUAUCACCGCCGUAGUGAUACUGAAAACGAGAAAGCUGCCGGUAUUUGGUCCAAGGGCCAUACAGACUUUGGAAGCUUGACUUUGCUAUUUCGCCAGCCAGUUGCCGCGCUGCAGGUUCGCACCCCCGAUGGUGAAUGGAAGUGGGUGAAGCCAUACCCCGGGAGCAUCACGGUUAAUCUUGCCGAUUCGCUCCACUUCCUCACCAAUGGGUUCCUCAAGAGCAGUAUACAUCGUGUCGUCGCGCCCCCGCCGGAUCAAAGGGAUGUGGACCGACUGGGUGUUUUGUAUUUUGUCAGACCAGAGGAUAACCUCGAGCUACGGCCUGUGGUGAGCGAUGUACUGCAUCGCUUGGGAUACGACCAAUCAACUGAUAAUAGUGCUGUUGGAAUUACCGCCGGUGAGUGGGUGAAAACUAGAGUGGCCAAGGGAGUUGACAAAGGCGUAGUGAGGAGUGAAAUUGGAGACCAGCCUAUUAUCGGUGACGUGGUGGCUAAGUAUUAUGAUUAG